AUGCGGCGUAUUUCGCAUUCUUCUGGCUGUGCCAUUCUUGUUACUAACCAUUCUCUUGUUCGUAGUCAUCCAGAUCAUUCAGUUGACCCGAUUCGCGACUCCUCCGAUAAUCAAACCUCCAGCCAUAAUAAGCCGUCGCUACCAUUACCGUGUCUUGGAGCUUCUUGGGCUCGCCGAGCCUCUGAUACUCGACUGCAUUUUGCUCGGAUCGAAUCGGCUACAAAUGCUUAUCAACCGUCCGGGCUGCGUAUACACAUUAUGAAAUCGCCUCGAAUCUCGUGCCGAACCGUGGGUCCACUAAGGCCUACUUCUUUGACCAGCGCAUCUACUGCUACAGUUGGACAUGAUGCUGGCCAAGUUGACUUGCCUUUUCCAUUAUACGGCUUUAACUGA